AUGUUCGAUAGAUUUUGGGGUCGUGGCAAUAAUUUACAGGCUACUCGUGAAGCCACCGCUUAUCUAUUCAAAAAUUUCCUUUAUUUGGGUUUUCAAGAACCGCCCAAAUGGAAACCUUUGUAUUAUCUAUAUUCAGUGCUAUUGAAUUUCAGUGUUUGUGUUUUUCUACCCAUAUCCUUCAGUUUAAGCUAUUAUUAUGGCUACCGUAAAAUGACACCCGUACAAUUGUUGACCUCACUACAAGUGGCCAUAAAUGUUUGGGGUUUACCGGCCAAAUUCAUAACCAUAGUAGUGUCAUUGAAACGUCUACAUCAAGCCAUGGAUGUCAUGGAUAUUUUAGAUGCACGAUGUCUACGACAAGAUGAACAGGCGAAAAUACGUCAUUGCGCUAUGAUGGGCAAUCGUUUGACGAUAUUUUUUAUUGGUUUCUAUGUUUUAUACUCACUGCUGACGAUGAUAACAUCGGUGUGGAUGGGUCAACCACCGUAUUCAUUAUUUAUGCCCCUAAUGGAUUGGCGCAAUUCAAUGCUAGAGUUUGUGCUACAAUCAUUUCUUGAAUUUAUGCUCAUGAAUUUGAUAUGUAUGCAUGAGGGUGGAGAUGAUGUUUAUGCUGUCAUUUUUAUUUAUGCCAUACGUACUCAUAUGCAGAUAUUGGUGGAACGGGUUAGAAGAUUGGGUGCGGAUGGAAAGACUUCGAAUGAAGAACACUAUGAGGAGUUGGUGCAAUGUGUUAAAGACCAUCAGGAUUUGUUAAGUUUAUUAGAUAUCAUCAGUCCGGUUAUUUCGAUAACCAUCUUUAUACAAUUUAUGAUAACCGCCAUUAUUUUGGGCACCACUUUAAUAAAUAUAUUAAUUUUCGCUGACCUCUCGGCCCAAAUAGCCUCAGUGGUUUAUUUUCUAGCGGUGUUGGUGCAAACCUGUCCCUGUUGCUAUCAAGCCACUUGUCUAAUGGACGAUAGCGAUCAAUUAUCUUUGGCUAUUUUCCACUGUCAAUGGAUUGAUAAGGAUAUACGUUUUCGUAAACUAAUGAUAUUCUUUAUGAUGCGUUCGCAAGUACCGGUAGCUUUAACGGCUUUGAAAUUAUUUCCCAUUACCUUAAAUACCAGUUUGGGGAUAGCGAAAUUUUCAUUUUCUUUGUAUACUUUUAUCAAAGAAAUGGAUUUUGGUAAACAUUUCGAGAAUUUAAAAUCAACACAAACAAUUAUGUUUAAUUCUAACAACAUGUUCGAGAAGUUAAGAAAACGUGGUAAUAUUCAAAAAGCCACUCGAGAAGCCAUCCAUUACCUCUUCAAUUUAUUUCUCUAUUUGGGCGUAGGAAAAUCUCAAAAAUGGCCAACACUACAUCGUAUAUAUUCUCUGUUCAUAAAACUAAAUAUGUGUGUUCUUUUGCCACUAUCCUUUACUUUAACCUGCUACUAUGAAUAUAAAAAACUAACCACCGAGCAAUUGUUGACAUCACUGCAGGCCUUCAUUAAUGUUUUGGGUAUACCAGCUAAAAUUAUCACAAUAACUAUAAGCUUUAAGUAUUUACAUCAAGCCUUAAAAGCCAUGGACACCUUAGAUGCUCGCUGUCAAAGACCAUAUGAAUAUGACAAAAUUCAACAUUGUGCCAUGAUGGGUAAUUGUUUAACGACAUUCUAUUCCACCCUUUACUGUGUAUAUGUGGCUGCUACAAUUACUACAUCGUUGAGUAUGGGAAAGCAGGCAUAUUCAUUAUUUAUACCUUUCAUAAAUUGGCGCAAUUCUAUGCUGGAGUUUGUUGUACAAUCGUUUAUUGAAUUUGUAGCUCUAAAUAUUGCUGUACUAUAUCAGGCUGCUAUUGAUGUGUAUCCUGUCAUUUACAUCCAUGGCAUACGUACGCAUAUGAAGAUAUUAGUGGAACGGGUAAGGAGAUUGGGUGUCAAUAGGAAGAUCACAAAUGGUGAACACUAUGAGGAGUUGGUGAUGUGUGUUAAGGAUCAUCAGGAUUUGUUAAGUUUGGUCAACAUUAUCAGCCCCGUCAUCUCGAUGACCAUGUUUAUACAAUUUAUGAUUACGGCCGUCAUUCUCGGUACGACUUUAAUAAAUAUAUUCAUAUUUGCCGACUUCUCCGCCCAAAUUGCUUCUGUACUAUAUCUUAUUGCUGUAUUAGUGCAAACAUCGCCCUGUUGCUAUAAUGCUUCUUGCCUAAUCGAGGAAAGUGAUCAACUAUCUUUGGCAAUUUUCCACUGUCAAUGGUUUGACAAGGAUAUACGUUUUCGUAAACUAAUGAUAUUUUAUAUGAUGCGUUCUCAGAUGCCCAUUACGUUAACGGCUCUGAAAUUGUUUCCCAUAACAUUGAAUACCAGUUUGGGGAUUGCAAAAUUUUCAUUUUCCCUAUAUACGGUUAUCAAGGAAAUGGAUUUUGGUAAACACUUUGAGCACUAAUGGUUGGAAAAUCAUCAC